CUUCGACAUAUUAGAGGGUCCGGUCUACUCCUUAAAGGAUCAGAAAUGACAAAGGGCUGAGAGACUAUAGAUUUCACUCACUGAAAAGCAAUUACGAGUUUCUCCAAUGGAGGAAAGUGGUGAUAGUUCAGCUCCAGAUCACAUAAGACGAGCUCAACUCAAAAUGCAAUUUCAGGGUAUGAGCAAGGGAGAUCAUGAGACAAUCGACGCCUAUGUGAAAAAAUUGAAGUCCAUAGCAGUUUCUCUAGCAGAGAUUGGGAGUCCUAUACCAGAUCCAGACAUGGUGUUACAACUUCUUGCUGGUUUACCUUCUGAAUACUUGCCAGUCCAAAAGAUAAUUUCAUCUCGGGUUCCUCUCCCAACUUUUGAAGAGGCAUGUUCCUUGGUGUAUAUGCAGGAGGCCAUAUUAUUGCAGGAUCAAGAUCCUCCUCCUCCUCUGUCUACCAUGGAGAAGAUCGAAGCUACAGUAAAUGCAGCAGGUUCAGUGAGUACUGCAGUAGGCAUAGCGAGUGUUGCGUUAAGUGUAGUAGGUAGAGUUGCUGCUGUAGGAACAGUGAGUGCUGCGGUAACUGCAGUAGGUACAGUGGCUACUGUGGUUGGUGCAGUGGGUGUUACGGCUUCCGCAGGCUGGAAAAUUUGGACCGCACUCGAACGCAAGUAAUCAAAAUUAGCUGAAAAAUAUGUGCUUGGUGAUGAAUAGAGAUAGUCUCACUAUCAACAGGUACAUGCUCAAAUUCGGCUUGAUUUAACUAUAAAUGGAGAUGAAAUAAAGAGAUGCUUGCACAUUUGAUUCCUAAAUUGUACUUACUUUGGUUGUUAUGUAGUAAUAGCUAAGUAGAUAUGAAAGUUUAAGAUGAUUUGAUUCUAAUUUGUGUACGAAUGAACUUUGGACUGUAUAACAUGGACUGUUCCUAGACUAUUUCGGACUGUCGUUAGAUUACUUUGGACUGUUUUGAUAAUAGAUUCGAACUAAUUUAUGUA